UACAACCAUCAGCUCCCGUCCGUAAAAGUCUUCGAGAAUACCUUUUUUUCUUCCUCACCAAAAAGCUCCCACCAGGAAGACCCUGGAGUAACCUAUAUGGAUCUGAAUUUAAUAAUCUUAGAACUGCAGAGCUGGUAGGGACCCUAUGGAUCGUGGAGUCACAGUGGGGAAUUGAACUCCCAACCACUGAGCUAUCCCAACGGUUUUUAUGGAUACAAUCUCCCGAUGACAUCACCCUCCCAUCUAUAAAAGGCUGGUGCUUUCAGAAGAGAAAGUGUAACUGGAAAAGGAGCAGCGUGUGCCACUCUGACAAACAUUGAGCCCAAAGCAGUGGAACUUGAGGCUUUAACUGACUUUCAGCAACACAGACACAUAAAGACUGAAGCACAUAAUACUACCAGUAUCUUCAGAAAGCCUGAUAUGAUCUGAGUGAACCUUUUCAUCUGACCCAAACACUAAAUCCAUCCAUUGUUGCAUCAUUAUGACAGCCACAAUCAAACUCAUGCCACAGCUAUGCCAACAUGAAGAGGUCAAGAGAGAGUGCCCUCUUUCAAUCCUGGAACAAACAUGGCAGAAAGUGAUUGUGACUCUGGAUCCAAAAACAGCCCAUCCCAACCUCCGGCUGUCUAAUGACCUCAAGAGUGUGAGGUGGGAGAGCAGAAAGCAAGAACGGCCCGACCACCCUGAGAGAUUUGACUGGGAGCCCUUUUUGCUGGGCCAGGAGAGCUUCACCUCUGGAAGGCACUGGUGGCUGGUGGGUGUGGAGGAGAUGGAAGGGCCUUUGGCUGCGAAGGCCAGGCCAGAGUCAGUCAGGAGGAAGAAAAGGAUGGGGCUAAGUCCCAAUGAAGAAAAAUGGGAGGUGGAAGAGAAAAGGGCGGCAAAGUGGGGGAUGUGGGCAGUGGGGGUGGCUAAAGAGUCUGUCCCAAGGAAAGGAAAGGUCAACCUGAAUCCAGACGGAGGCAUCUGGGCACUGGGGAAAGAUCUCCUUGACUCACCGAGGACCCCAUUGGCCCCCUAUCGCCUCACAAUGUUUACUUCACCUGAACGGACCCUUCUAAGCUUGAGGCAGGAACCCAAGAAGAUCCAGGUAUGCCUGGACUAUGACAAAGCUCAUGUGGCAUUUUUUGAUGCAGAUACAAAGGACUUGCUGGCCACUUUCUCAUCCACCUCUUUUUCUGGAGAGAAAAUCUGCCCCUUUUUCUGGGUGUACUGGGGCACAAGGCUGAAUUGUUGAAUCUGGAGGGCAACACAUCCACCUCCAUCAUCCCCUUUUCCUCCACCAUGACCCUCUGCAUGUAAUCAGUGUCCCCCAUUUUGUGCCUCUCAGGUCUACUGGAUUACAACUCUUAUCAACCUCAGCCAGUCAGCCAUGCUGCCUGGGGAUAAUGGGAGUUGUAUUCAAGCAGAUCUGGGGGUUACGAGACGGCAAAAGCCUGGCCUUUAGCUCUGUGAGGAUAAAACAACAAGCACAGCCUCCGAGCUUUCCAACCGGGACUUCCGCUUUUAAAUAGUAGAACUGUCCACCUAGAGGCAAGAAUUGUGAUAGAAAGCAAUCACUGUGAAUGAAAAUAAAAUCAUCGGGAUUUAAAACUUCCCCUUCACCACAGUGCUUUGGAUGCAUAAUGUUUACAAAAGUACAGCUGAUCAGUGAGAAACACAAAGUGAACCCUGGCUGAAUCAGAAGUGGGGAAGAGUGAAAGAAAAGAGGAACCUGCAAUGCUGAAUUUGGAAGCAGACCUUUGAAGAAAAGAAGGAGUGCACAGAUUAAGUCUUCAUAUAAAAUGCCAUGGGCUUCCGAUUCUCCACCUGUGGGAAGCCAUCAUAAAAUAGCAGGCUGGCUUUCUCGUAGAAGGGCCUGCACUUUGUGUUUAACCCUGUAUGUCGAUUUGUGAAUAAAGCCACAACCUAUGACAAA